AUGCUUCUAAUUGCUCCUAUCUUCAAGGUUUUCCUCGACAUUUGCUUGGAGAUCAUUAUUCAUCAAAAUGAGGUGCCUUUGCGAAGUGAAUUGCAAGAUUUAAACCAUGGUAUAAAGCAACAACAAUUUCUUAGCAUUGCGUUUUUAUCAUCAUCAGGCAUAUGCAAAACCGCAAGAAUCAUAAGAAGCAAGUUUCGAAUCAUAGAAAAGAAACAGUGUCAGAAACGAAAGGCAUACUUUAGCUUCUCUGAGAUAUCGCUAACGACGAAAUCGAUUCGGAAUCGUGUUUUGAAGCUGAAGCUGAAUCAGAACUAUAUGAGAGGUAGAAUCGCAGAGGACCUCAAAGCAGAAGCACCGUGA